AUGUGUGUUCUCUUUUUUGCGUCAGUUGCAAUUGCAAAUGAUAAUCAAGUACAACAACAACAACAACAACAAAUUAAUGAUCCUCUUAUUGCCUGUCUUGAAAAAUUAACCACUGCAAUCGAAAAAAUUGAUGCACAUAUGGGGCAAAUUGAUGCACAUAUGGGGCAAAUUGAUGCACAUAUAGGGCAAAUGAAUCAAUAUCAUAUUGAUAAUCAAAUAAAAUUAAAACUUCGUGGUCUUCAUCAACGUUAUACUAAAUUACGUAAAAAUGAUAAAAGACGAAAACUAAUCGAUUUACUUGGUAAAUUAAAAUUUGAUCAACUAGUUAUUUUUGUUAAAUCAGCAUCACGUUGUACAGCUUUAUGCAAAUUAUUAACUGAACAAGGUUUUUCUGCUAUUGAAAUUCAUUAUGAAAUACCACAAGAACAACGUUUGGCACGUUGUAAAGAAUUUAAAGAAUGUCAAAAACGUAUUCUUGUUGCAACAAAUUCAUUUGAACGUGAUAUGGGUAUUGAUCGUGUUAAUAUUGUAUUUAAUUAUGAUAUGCCAGAAGAUACAGAUACUUAUCUUCGUCAAGUUACUCGUGCUGGUCGA